GAGGGCAGCGCGGCGCGUCUAAGCUUUGCCACCGCCGGCCGCCCCGCGCCCCCAAAUCCGGCUGGCGCGGGGUCCGAACCCCCGCCCUGUCGCCAGCCCCACGGGGGACGUGCUGCUGACUCGCGCCUACGACUCGGUAGCAGGGCACACCCGGAGAGGACACGGAGCCAUGAGCCGCCUGCCCCGGAGGGUGGCGGCGCUGCUGCUCGGGCUGCUCGUGGAGUGCACAGAGGCCAAAAAACAUUGCUGGUAUUUUGAAGGACUCUAUCCAACAUAUUAUAUAUGCCGCCCCUACGAGGACUGCUGUGGUUCCAGGUGCUGCGUGCGGGCCCUCUCCAUACAGAGGCUGUGGUAUUUUUGGUUCCUCCUGAUGAUGGGCGUGCUCUUCUGCUGCGGAGCUGGCUUCUUUAUCCGGAGGCGCAUGUACCCCCCGCCGCUGAUCGAGGAGCCUGCGUUCAACGUGUCCUACACCAGGCAGCCCCCGAACCCCGCGCCAGGAGCCCAGCAGCCGGGGCUGCCGUAUUACACCGACCCUGGAGGACCAGGGAUGAAUCCUGCUGGAAAUCCCAUGGCGAUGGCUUUCCAGGUCCAACCCAGCUCACCCCAGGGAAGCACAGCCUACCCUCCGCCCCCCUCUUACUGCAAUACGCCCCCGCCCCCAUAUGAACAGGUGGUGAAGGCCAAGUAGCAGGGGGCACGGCCUGUGCGACCUCACAGGGGAACAGGGAGGGGCGCUUUCACCCCACCUCUCUGUCCCCAUCGAUGUUCGCUUCCAGGAAUUGUCUUCUGAGCCACUAAGGGCAAAUUCCUCAUUGAUAUCUUCAAAGCAAGCACAGCUCCCUUUCAAGUUUUCUGUGGAGAACCAGUAUUUGAAUUUAUCCUGUGUCUCCUCUGUUGCUUCUGUUUCUGAUGUAAUCUGAGCUCUGGCAGCGUGUGGACAGUCCCCAAGGGUUGACACCCAAGAUCCUCGGGAGAGAGACUAAGGAGAAGGAGCCACAGCAGGGCCCAUGUGUGUAGGCGGAGCACAAGGAGGGGCUGUUCUGGCCUAGGCAGCUUCCUCCCAGGCACACAGCAGUCAGCUCACAGAAGUGAGGGCCCGCGGGGUCCACUCUUGGAGCCCCAUGUGUCCUGUCAGUCUUCCUCUUCAAGAAGCUGUUAGACUCCGGUGUGGGAGAAGCUUCAUAGCACUUUCUAUGUCCAUUCACUUCCUAGAGAUGAGAGCGGCAUCCCUUCUGCAAAGCCAGGGCUGGGAGAAGACUGUGUACAUCAUCGAGGAGAUGAGGAUCCAGGUUAGGUCAGGUUGGAUGUCUACAGUUACCUGAAAAUCACUAAGGAAAGUUACUUAAAUUUGUGGGAAAUUGAUUUCCUGCGUCAAACUGAGAUAUUGCAUUUUAUGAACUCUUGGUCUGACUUGGCAGAAAUAAAAUGUUUCCCCCCCCUUUUUAGUGAGUUUGUGGAAGCUCAUGUAGAGUCCCGUCCUUGAAAGUCAGACUCAGAGUGUCUUCUCUGAACGUCAGCGGCUGUCUGGCCUUGGUGCCUGACCAGAGGUCUCCACGCCCUUACCUAUGGCAGCCCUGGUGGUGGUUGUGAUGGACACUUUCAAAGCGGAGAGGCACAUCUGGCUGGGAAGUCACAUCAGCCCCUUGGGGAGAGUGUCCCGGCAGGGUCCGGCCAGCGGUUUUGACGGGCAGCCAGUGGUUUGAUCUCAGCAGGGGUGUGUGUGUGUGUGUGUGUGUGUGUGUGUCAGCCUCUGAAGAGGAAAAGCUUGCUGAAAAAAAGACAGGAAUACAAAAUCCCGGGACUGCCAGAAGAUCUCUUCAAAAAGUACUGAAUAGGAUUCACUGACAACGUAAUCAAAAUUAGAAUCGAAGAUGUGGUUGGAAAUGCAAACCCUGGCUGAGAAACAUGUGUCACCCUGGGAUCUAACAAGUAGUCACCGGGUUAUAAGGAAGUUCUGUUCCUCUGCAGCAAAUAAUGCUGGUGGUGCAUUUAAACCCAGAUUGAGAUCUGACCAGUUGUGUAUAGGAAGACAAAGCAACGUAGCCAAGAUGGGUAGAUCUCCUGUGUGUUGUAGUAGUGGAAUGGGGGGGGGGGAGCUUAUUUUUGUAAAAACUAAUUGGAGCCUCUUGAGAAGUUGUUACUCAUUGAACCUGAGCGUCAGAACAUCUCGCUGGAGUUUUCAUUUCCGCAGACCAGGAGUCUGGGUGUCCCUUUGCUCCCGGGAUGUUUAGGUAGGGUAAGGGUGAGAAAUCAGAACAGGACUGCAGCAAGUGCUCAGACUUAGCUUCCUGCGAAGACGGAGAAUCUGCACGCCUCCCAGGGAACGCCACAGGAAAUGCUGGGAGCCAAACACAAACCCUCGGAAACACGGUUUUUAAACGCAGACGGUGCUGCUGGAGUCUUCAGCUACCCUCGUGUGACCUCCCAACUCGUGCCCCUGAUGGCGGUACCUCUCCUCACUCUGUCCUUGAUCCAGAUGAGGCAACAAAGCACAACAUUUGCUGUUUACAGCCAAGGACAACUACAUGGGUCCAGAAGGUUCCUCUUCUUCCGGGUCAUUCGUUUUGCAUUUUUGACUGAAAUUUCUCCCUUCACUUUUUUUUUUUUUUAAUAAUGAAGCACAGUAAGAGCUGCCCCGGAAUUGGAUCAGGGUGCGGUUGAAAAAGCACCCAGAUAUCCGUGACUAAAUUUUAUUUAUCUUUUUGAUAGCAAAUGAUCUCAGAGAUUGAAUGAUUUAGGUAGUGCUCAACAAUUUUGUAUUCCAUGUUUGUGAAGAUAAAUUUUGGUUUCCCUUGAACCUGGGUGAGAACCCUUCUACAGUGAACGCUGAUACUGUGUGUAGAAAUUCCACGUGUGGUGACAUUUCUUGGCCACUCUCCUUCCGUCUGUGCUGGCAGUGGACUGUGUCCCCCUCCUGGAGUGAGUCCAGCUCCUGGUGUGUUGAAGUCUUAUAGAGUCGGUGGUUAGGAGUAAACUGGGAGCAGAUCUGUGCAUGUUUUUCCUCUGCAACAUUUGGCUCACACCUCUUUUUUUGUUCUCUUUUCAUAGGGCCCCAUUUCCUAUGUGUGCAAAAUAAAAAAAUGAAUUUGGG